CUCGGGGCGCGUCAGUGAGCAGCAGCAGCGGAGGAGACUGACAUGGGGAAGUAGGCGACCGACGGUCUGCACUGAAAGUCUGUCCACAAAGAGAAAACCUCUCGUCGGGUUCCUCCUGGUUGAAGAGAAGUGCACCGAGGAGGCGGUAACACGCUGACGGGUCAUAUAUCGAGCCGGGAGAUGUUUGCCACAGCGACCAGAAACUUUGUGGAGGAGGUGGAUGCUGGAGGUCUGCUCAUCCCAGUGUCCAGCCUGAACGACACCAUCGCCCUGCUGACAGUGGUGGUGAAGCGCAGGCGUUUCUGGUGCUGGCAGAAGCCCAAGUAUAUCCCCACUGACUUCGACCUCAAUGACAUUCUGACAGGAGACAGCCCUCUGCAGCCAGUUGCCAUAGAGUCAGACUUCAUCAAGUACAAUGGGACGUACGGUGACAACAUCCAGGGAGCCAUGGACGCAAACUUUGUCCGCUCCGGAGUGAGCAUGCAGGCCAAAGACUCGUCCAAGCUCCAGUCGUCCUUCGGCAGUCUGAAGAAGGAGGAGGCCAACGUGCAGAAGCUGCUGCAGGAAUCCAAGAACAGGGUCCUGGACAUGUCCCACUGUCUGAUCCACCAGACGAAGGAGAAGCAUAGGCGGAUAUUGGGGAUCGUGAAGGAGCGCAUUGUGACCGCCAUGCCCUGCUCGGUCAUAGAGGAGGUGCAGCAGGGGGGGCAGUGUGGAGCAGGACUCAGCCUCCUCGGAAUCAGGGGCUCCAAGGUCUCAUUGAAAGAGAACGGGAGCCUGAGUAAAGACAGCAAUGUCACCAUGGAGAUUCCCACCCAUACCACCAUUGCCUAUGCCCUCAUAGAACUGGAGAUCAAACUUGAUGGAUGCUACGAGCUGUGUCUGACGUCAGACACCAACGGAGGUUUCGAAGUCGACAGCUCUGCUAAGAAAGGACUGUUGUGUGUGUCUGGAGCUCCUCCACAUGCUUCUGAAAAUAGCCGCCUUCGACAAGACCUGGAGCAACUUGAUGAUCAUUUCCAGCUGCUUUCAUCUCUUCCUGACACCACAAGGUCCUCUCUGUUCCAGCAAUUCACUAAAGUCAUGCAGGACCAAGCAGCUGUCACUGCACUUCAGGAUGCGCUGGACCAGAUAUGCCUGGAGAACAGUCCUGACCUGGGUGACAACACAACGACUGAGUCUCAAAAACAGAACAUCCAAGAAAUUCUGGACCUUGUGGAGCAGUGUGGUCAAGUGGGGUCAGCUCAGACGGGCCAGUCAGUCCUCACGGCACUUCACCUCAUUAGCAGCGCCUUGGAUGAGAUGACAAGUGAUCGUCUUGCUGUCUUCGCAAUGUGUUGCAGCCACGAAGUGUUACAGACAAUGGAGCUGCUGGUGCAGUGUGUAUCAGGUAAAGGAGAGUUGCUGCUGAGCAGCGCAGACCUGACUGCACUGACGCGGGUCGUCUUUGAAAGGACCGCACAUCUGUUUGCCUCCUCGAACGUGUCUCUGAAGAGAGACGGGGACACGUUGAGGACAGAAAUAAAUCAAGCACCGGGAAACUUGCCUCUGGUACUAUGCAUCGCUGUCAGAGGCCUUGCCUCAUUGACCGUCUGUGUUUGAAUUGAAGAUGCCUCCAUGUCCACCAGGAACUUUUGAAUACCUCACUGGCACACGGUAAAGGGAAGUGUUAUUUUCUCCGCCAUGUUUUUAUCAGUGUUUGUUUGUUAGUUCGCAGGAUUAUGCUAAAUCUGAUCCAAAUUCCACGUGGAGGGUUGGCCACUUUCCUUAACAAUGGCAAGAUUGGGGGUUUGCCUUGGCGGAGGAAUGCGCUGUCCGAGUGCCAUACUAGUCAUACUUAUCAGUGUUUUGUUUAUUCAUUUUGGGUGUGGUAGAUUUUCCCUUAAAUACACUAUGGCAUUUUACUGUAUAAGAACAAAAAUGUACAGGUCAUGAAGCAGUGGAUGAAUGAUCAGUUAACAGACAAUCGUCGAUCAGUGACAAGAGAAGUUAUGGAUUUUGGACUGCUUUGUUGGACAAAACAUGCAGUCGUCAUGCAUCACCAUAGGCCCUGGGGGAUUUUAAUAUACAUUGUUCACUGGUUUCUGAUUUUAUAGAAAAAAACAAUUAGAUUUGAACAAUAGCCAACUUUUAGAUCAUUCAAUAUUUAAGAUGUUACCCUACAAGCUGUGCGUUAGUAAAGGUUAUGUCACAUCUUCACCAAUCAGAGCCAAGAAUUCUCAGCGGGCGUGGUACAAUUUAAAAUAAACAUUGGUCAUUUUAUGUGGGAUCUAAUGUGAUGUCUCAGCCCUGAAACUGUAGGAUAUAUUUCACUUCAAAUUCUUUGUGGCUUUAGAUUGUUUUUAUAAAUUCAUCUGAAGUAUUGUAUGAUCAAAUAUUAUUUUUGUAAAUCAUGUGACACUUUCACAUUAAAUGGAAUUGUUCUCCUAAGACAGAAUAUUUGAAGCUGUUUUUUAAUGUGCCAACUAAAGACCUCGUUCUCAACCACAAAUUUGUUUAUGAAUUUUUAAACAUUUCCUGCAGUUUAAUUGCAUGUGUCGCUGAGUUUUAAUGUGCCUUUAAUUGUCGAGUAGUAUUUCAGUUUUAAUAUUUUGAGAAAGUAGUUAACAUUCUUGGAAAUGGCGUCAGCUUGCCACCUUUUAUCUGUGAACAUAUUUCUCUUUAUGAAAAAAAAAUAAAAACAACUGUAACGAU